AUGCUAGCAAAUCGCAACCUAACGACCACUACACGCCGCGGCUUGUACUUCGCGAGACUUUUGCAUAUAAAAACGGUCUCCACGCCGAAUGAAAAUGCCUUGAAAUUCGUUUCAACGGAUGGUGAACUACUACAAGAUCGCGGGAAACCGAGUGUGGAGCUUAGAAAUACUGACGAUUCAUUGAUCAAACACUCUCCUCUGGCCCAGAGGAUUUUUGCCCAGUGCUCCGGAGUGGAAUCCAUGAUGAUCGGCGACGACUUUGUGACUAUUAAUAAGGACGAAAUGGUUCACUGGAGUCAGAUAACAGGCGACAUGAUCGACCUUCUUACACAAUAUUUGGCUUCCGGAAAAGCUGCUUUAACCCCAGAGUUUUUCAGCGUUCAAGAAAGUGACGUGGGGUACGACGUCAACGUACCAAAGUUCGAAUACGAUGAAGACCAACAGGAAAUCAGCGAUAUGAUCGCCGAACUGAUACAAACUCGUAUUCGUCCAGCAAUCAUGGACGAUGGGGGAGAUAUUCAAUACCGUGGUUACGAUCCUGAGUUGGGAACGGUUUACUUAAAACUGCAAGGUGCCUGCAAAUCGUGCUCGUCCAGUGAAGUGACUUUGAAGCAUGGUAUCGAGUCAAUGCUCAAGCAUUAUAUCGAGGAAGUUGAGAAUGUGGUGCAAAUACUAGAUCCCGAGGAACAAAUCGCUCUUAAGGAAUUCGAAAAACUUGAACAGAAAUUGGGAGCUCAGCACUAA